GUGGUCUUUCCUAAGGUCAUGGUUGACGCGAGAGAUCAAAAACUACCAGUUUUCUACGCUGGCACUAUCAAUAUUGGAUAUUGGACCUCAGAAAGGGCUAGGAAUUAAAAUCAGUUGCAUUUUAAGAUUUAGUUAUUGGAGGUGCUACUUUGAGAUGCUUACACCACAAGGAUUAUUCAUUAGCCACCUAAGUUUGAUCUGUCAUGGUCAAAAUAUUCGUAAAUACUCUGAGAAGGUCAAAACGGGUAUCAUGCUUCUCAAUAUGGGUGGUCCUCAAACUACAAACGAUGUGUAUCCUUUCUUGAGGCGUCUCUUCUCUGACAAGGAAAUUAUCCGUAUGCCAUUCCAAGAUUCUCUGGCACGAUUUGUAGCUCUGAGGAGGUCUCCGAAGAUUGAACGCCAGUACUCCCACAUAGGAGGAGGGUCUCCCAUACUGUACUGGACUAAAUUACAAGGUGAAAUGAUGACUCGGCACUUAGAUACAAUCAGUCCGGAAAGUGCCCCUCAUAAGUUCUACGUUGCAUUCCGUUACGUUCAUCCUCUUGUAGAAUCUUGCGUUAAUGAAAUGGAAAAAGAUCGUGUUGAACGUGCUGUUGCCUUCAGCCAGUAUCCGCAGUACAGCUGUACGACUUCAGGCAGUAGCUUUAAUGCCAUUGUUCGUCACUAUUUAAGUACGAAGAAAAUUUUCAAUGGAGUUGAAAGCAUUGAGCUUCCUCCGGUUCAAAAUAACAAUCCAGGACCAGUUUGGUCAUUCAUUGACAGGUGGCCAGUUUCUCCUCAUUUGGUUAAAACCUUUGCCAAUAAAAUUCUUCAGGAACUUCAUAGUAUUGAGGAUGAAACAGAACGGGCAAACACUGUCUUGCUUUUUAGUGCUCAUUCAAUACCAAUGUCCGUCGUAAACCGUGGUGAUCCAUAUCCCCAAAAUCUUGCGUUAAUGAAAUGGAAAAGUAAUUUGGUCGUUUCUGAUGAAUUAGUUCAGUUUAGAGAUCGUGUUGAACGUGCUGUUGCCUUCAGCCAGUAUCCGCAGUACAGCUGUACGACUUCAGGCAGUAGCUUUAAUGCCAUUGUUCGUCACUAUUUAAGUACGAAGAAAAUUUUCAAUGGAGUUGAAAGCAUUGAGCUUCCUCCGGUUCAAAAUAACAAUCCAGGACCAGUUUGGUCAUUCAUUGACAGGUGGCCAGUUUCUCCUCAUUUGGUUAAAACCUUUGCCAAUAAAAUUCUUCAGGAACUUCAUAGUAUUGAGGAUGAAACAGAACGGGCAAACACUGUCUUGCUUUUUAGUGCUCAUUCAAUACCAAUGUCCGUCGUAAACCGUGGUGAUCCAUAUCCCCAAGAGGUAGGUGCUACUGUCCAUGCAAUCAUGGAACAACUCAAUUUCUCGUGGCCUUACCGUCUUAUCUGGCAAUCAAAAGUCGGCCCAGUUACCUGGUUAGGUCCGUCAGCAACUGAUACUCUGCAUGGGUUGAGUCGUCUGGGGCACCGACAUGCACUUUUGGUUCCCGUUGCAUUUACUCAAGAUCAUAUUGAGACCCUCUAUGAAAUGGACGUAGAAUACUGUACAGAGGUAGCAUCUAAAGCUGGUAUGGUUUCUGUACGCAGAUCGAAAUCACUGAACGACGACCCUAUUUUUGUUCAGGGUCUCGCUGAUUUGGUUUUCAAGCACCUUCGUCGAGGUGAACCGUGUACACGACAAUUCAUGCUUCGCUGUCCAAUGUGCACUAACCCAUCCUGUGAGACUACAAGAACAUUUAUUGCAGCACAACAAGGGCGUAUAAAUGACUGGACAGUUUCCCAUUUACAUAACUCUGAACCUGUUUCGCUAGCUAAGCAUAAAUAAAGCCGAAACCGCUUUUUUAUUGUUUAAGAAAGGAAUCCCUUGUUCUAUAUGUCCUUAUUUGUUUGAUAAUUAUUCUUAGUUAAGUUUUUAUAACCCUUUAUGGUUAUUCUUAAUUAAACAAGUCGAUGCAAUGACUCAAGUUCAAGAGUAACAUCUAAUUUAAAGUAGUCCUCAUCAGUUCUUAGAAAUAUUUGAAGAAGAUUUAUUCUCUUCAGCGUCAUCAUUCUCAAAACUUAUAGUCUAGUAUUAAAUGCUACAGCAGAAAAGCAUAAUUUAAAAAAUAUCUUAGUAAAAUUAAAUUUUGUUUACUUAUCAGAAGAUCGAAAAAGAACAACUGAAUUUAAAUUAAAGAAAGCCUGUCAGGUGGAUUUUCUAAUACUUUUGACUGUUUAUUUCUCUUUUGUGAUACAUACCACUAGUUAAGUAAAGGAACUUACUAAUCUGAAAGAAAUGUUUCAGGUACUCUACUUUAUCCCACUUCUAUCAUUCUGAGGUUAGUAUUUGAUAGACAGUUCAACAACUUAUUCACCACCUACAGGGCCCUCAUUACCCACUAGCCUACCAUAUCAGUUAAGUGUUGGUGUACAGUGAAAUCCGUCAAAUUGAUUCUCAAAAAUAGUUCGAUCUUGAGGUUUUCAGAUUCAAAAAUGUCCAGUUUAUGAUAAUUCCAUACAACCAACUCUACAGUGGCUCAUAUACGGUUGUAUCGUAUUGUAAUGAGUUAGUCCACCGAUAAAUAAUGAUGUAACUGAAUCUAAUACAAGUUUCUUUGAAGAAAAUUAUCUCUCGAUACAAAUUUAAGACUUGUGUGCAUUUGCGGAACUCAGUACAUUGGUCGCACGGAGAGACGUGUCUACCCGAAUGGUUGGGCACCUAGCCAGUGGCUGAUGCAUGCCGGGAAGAAGACCCCAUGGAACUCGAUAACGAAACACCCAAUGGACUCGUGCAUGGUAUUCAUACCUGUGAGUCUUUUACGGUUACCAGCAGACAGCAAAAUAAGAAAUCCCUUUGAUGGUGUUGUGUUUUAUGAGCUGGAUUGUUUAAUCGUGAAGCUUUCGUUAUCACUCUAGACAAUAUCAUCAGCGCAAACUUCGGAAAGGGGUAGGCUAUUAAGUUUUGAGAACAAGUUGCUUAGCAGCUUGUAAUGCUGACCUCAAGUGUGGCUGUCUCCAUGAUUUGUUGUCCUGAUGGCCUGAAAUUCGACCUCCUUGUUAUUUUUUAUUGGUUGACAGAUUAAGUCAGCGUCAAUAUGUCUGUUAAUUGUUAACUGACCUGAAUACCAAGCUUCUAAACAUUCUGUGGCAUUCUUUGUAUUUUUUUUAUCCAGCCAAAUUCACGUCCAGUUGUCCGUAUGCAUUAAUAUAAGCGAAGAUAUGUCAUGACACUUCACUGCUAGUUAGUGUUCAUGUAGACGGAUGCGAAGAGGGCGGGCUUCCACUCUAUCCGAUGUAGUGUUUUUCGCAUCUUCUGCAGUUUAUUUUGUAAAUAAUGUUUGGUUUGUCUUCCUUCUGUAUUGUAUCUUUGGCCUGCAUAACAGCGAGUGAAGAGAAUUUUUUGGGCCUGUGAGAUACAACGAUUUCAAGAGGCUUCAAUAAUCUAGCCGUGAUCUCGGAGACGUUCUUCACGUAUAGUAGGACGAUCUAUUUGUUAGUUUUCUAGAUCGACUUCUUGGUUAGUGACGAAUGAUGUAAACAUCUUUUGAUGAAGUUGUGUGAAUAGUCGUUCUUCUGCAAAACAGUCAUCAAAUAGUUUUAUUCUUUUCUCUUCGGGGUUAUUGUACUACUAUGUGUUGUCGUUCUUUUGAACAACGUUUUCAUACAAGCGAUUUUGUGUGCUGUUGGUUUGGUAGUUGAGGAUUUGGACCGUAUGAGUUGAAUUUCUGUAUACUUCAGUUUUCAAUUUAGAUGAAUGUGUUCUGAUGAUCACAACAUCUAGAAAUGCAAGUUUGUAAUUUGAUUCCUCUCCAUCAAAAUUAUCCUCGUGAGCUACAAAUUCUGUCCAUCGUCUAAGAAACUGUUUCCAAUUAGAGAAGCCUGUACGAUUCGGGUUUUUGGACCAAACCUCUGCAUUCAGAAGGAAACGGUAGUCAGUUUGAAUCUACCAUACUAGGAAUUCCAGCGUCGUCCAGUCAUAUUCGAUCUUCCUUACUUGCUCUUCACUCUUAAUUAUCAGCCGUCUUAUAUUUUUGUUUUUCUUCCUUCAUUUGUUUCGCCUAAUUAACCUUAUUCCUACUCCUAUUGUUAUCAUUAUUAUGCAUCUCAAUACACACCUGGUUUUCCUACAAUAUCUGCUUGAGUACUAUUAAGUAUCUUGUCUUGAAUGACGUAAUCUACCCUCAGUCGAUUCAGUUCUCACUCCCGUGUCAACAUAUUAUUAUAAAAAUUAUUUUCCUACCUGAAAUCUUUAUGACCCUUAGACUGCACUAUUAUCCAAACUCAUAGUUAAUCAUGUAACUUAUCCAAAACCCAUUUAGUUUUACAUCCAUUUCUGCCCUUUGACCUUUAAAACUUUAUUUCUAUGCUGUUACACCAAAAUCGAUAUCUCGGUGUACGUAAUAUAUUGAGGUAUGUAUGCUUUUUUGCAUUUUUUAACGGUAUAUAUAAUCAAGUAUUACAGAGUGUCCAGUUGACAUUUAUGAAUUCAUUAAAUACUGUUUUCUUUCACA